CUAUAACCACCACGCGAACCAAAUCUAAUCGAUUGUUGUUUGUGGCGGUGUGACAAUCUGCAAAAGAAGUAUCUUAUUAUUUUUUAUAUUCAGUUUGAUUAUAUGGAUAAAAACAAAGGCAAAGUUUCCAACCAGUAAGAUAGCCCCCCAUAUUCACAAUGACAGAGGAAAGAUUACACAUAGACUGGGGUAACGAUAAGUUACAUCGUACGCAAAAGCAAGUGGAGAAAAAUCCCUACGACCUAGAAUCAUGGUCAAUUUUGUUACGAGAAGCUCAAAACAAACACAUUUCAGAAGUUCGUUCGCUGUAUGAACACCUGAUUGAUAUCUUCCCAAGUGCAUCUCGUUACUGGCGGAUUUACAUUGAACACGAGAUGAAGUACCGGAAUUUUGAGAAGGUGGAAAAGUUGUUUCAAAGGUGUUUGAUGAAGAUUUUAAAUAUAGAAUUGUGGAAACUUUAUCUGGGAUACGUGAAAGAGACAAAGGCCUCACUUCCCACUUAUAAAGAGAAAAUGGCGCAGGCAUAUGACUUUGCUUUAGAUAAGAUUGGCAUGGACAUUCAUUCAUAUUCCAUUUGGAAUGAAUAUGUUAAUUUUUUGAAGGGAGUUGAAGCUGUAGGUUCUUAUGCGGAAAAUCAGAAAAUUUCAGCUGUUCGGAAAGUUUAUCAAAGGGGUAUCAAUAACCCAAUGACUGGAAUGGAAACGUUUUGGAAAGAUUAUAUAGCUUUUGAACAGGCUAUUAAUCCUAUUAUUGCGGAAAAAAUGAGUAUUGAAAGGAGUAGGGAUUAUAUGAAUGCUCGAAGGGUUGCUAAAGAGUUGGAAGUUCAAAUUAGAGGGAUUAACAGGAAUGCGCCCAGUGUCCCGCCUAAUGGAAGCCCAGAAGAGCGCAAACAAGUCGAACUUUGGCAAAAAUACAUCGCUUGGGAGAAAAGCAACCCUCUACGCACUGAAGAUACAGCCCUACUGACAAAACGGGUAGUUUUUGCCCUCGAACAAUGUCUUCUCUGCUUAGGCCACCAUCCCGAUAUAUGGUACCAAGCGGCACAAUUUCUCGAAUACAGUUGUAAAAUUUUAGCCGAAAAGGGGGAUGUGAAUGCGUCGAAACUCUUUAGUGAAGAAGCUGCAAACAUGUUCGAACGUGCCACAAGUUCCCUACUGAACAAAAACAUGUUACUGUAUUUCGCUUACGCGGACUACGAAGAAGGCCGUCUCAAGUAUGAGAAAGUCCACCAAAUCUAUCAGAAGUAUCUAGAGAUACAAGAUAUAGAUCCUACUCUUGCGUAUAUACAGUAUAUGAAAUUUGCCCGGCGUGCCGAAGGGAUAAAGUCUGCAAGAGCUGUGUUUAAGAGAGCGAGAGAAGAUAAUAGAUCCAAGUAUCACAUUUUUGUGUGUGCCGCUUUAAUGGAAUAUUAUUGCAGUAAGGACAAGAACAUUGCGUUUAGGAUAUUUGAGUUGGGGUUGAAGAAGUUUGGGGAUAUUCCAGAGUAUAUUACGUGUUACAUUGAUUAUUUGUCGCAUUUGAAUGAGGAUAAUAAUACGAGGGUGCUGUUUGAGAGGGUUUUGUCGUCGGGGAGUCUGGAACCGGAGAAAUCUGUUGACAUCUGGAACCGCUUUCUUGAAUUCGAGUGCAACAUCGGCGACCUCCAGAGCAUCGUCAAAGUCGAAAAAAGGCGAUCGGAAGUAUUAUCGAAAAUUAAAGAAUUCGAGGGAAAAGAAACGGCCCAAUUAGUGGACAGAUAUAGGUUUUUGGACUUAUAUCCGUGCACCGCUACCGAAUUGAAGAGCAUUGGGUAUACGGAAGUUAUCAACAUAACAGGAGCUGGCAAAAAUCACAUUUUACAAUCCAUUAUUAACAGUGAUGGAGAUGCGCCGCUUCCGAUCCCUGAUUAUUCACAAAUGAUUCCUUAUAAACCUAAAUCGAACCCGUUGCCGGGAGAACACCCAGUGCCAGGGGGCUCGUUUCCACAUCCUCCAGUUGCAGCCCAUUUAUGCACCCUUUUACCUCCUCCAGCUUGUUUCAGGGGACCCUUUGUCAAUGUUGAUUUAUUAAUGGACAUUUUUAACCGAAUACAGUUACCAGAUAGUGUUCCACAACCUACAGAAAACGGAUGCGAUGUAAAGCUUUUUGAUUUAGCAAAAUCUGUGCACUGGAUAGUCGAAGAAGGCGGCACUGUGGGUAUAAAAAGGAAGAAACGUUUAGGGUUGGCAAUGGAUGGGUCGGACGAUGAAGAUAUGCCCCUCCCCCCAUCUAACGACAUAUAUAGACAAAGGCAACAAAAACGGGUGAAAUAAUUAUGUUUAGUUUAUCUAUCUUUAACUUACAAUAAACAUUUUCUUUACUUUA